AUGCCUCUCCAUCUCCUCGGCAAGAAGUCAUGGAACGUCUACAACGCAGAGAACGUGGCCCGCGUGCGCCGCGACGAGGCGGACGCCCGCGCCCGCGAGGAGGCCGCCGAGCAGCGCAUGCAGGAGGCCGAUGCGGCGCGGCGUCUGGCUAUUCUGAGAGGCGAGGAGCCCCCGCCGCUGCCGGAGCCGGAGCCGGAGCCUGAGCCAGAGGCCUACUCUUCGCGCGAUCGGAACCGCGAUCCUCUGGAGGGGCUGGGCGGCAGCGGCAGCGGCAGUGGCGGAAAAGAGCGCAGGAAGCGCAAGCGCCCCGGCGAGGACGACACGGACUUUGAGAUGCGCGUUGUCCGCGAGCGCGCUGCGGCCGGGGACAAAGCGCGCGAGGAGCUGAGUCGUGGUCAGGGCCCGGCGCAGAGCCCUGGUAAGGCGACAGACGUGGCUAUCGUGGACAGUGCCGGGCACAUUGAUCUCUUCGGCGGCCAGGCGGCCGCGUCUGCCUCUGCCUCUGCGUCUGCGGCAAAGGGCGAGAAGAACCCCGAGUAUGAGCGAGAAGCGGCCAAGAAGCGCCGCGAGCAGGAAGACCAGUACACGAUGCGCUUUGCGAACGCCGCGGGGCGGGACGGCGGGCUCGCGCGUGGUGCGGCGCCGUGGUAUAUCAAGCCUGGCGAUGGGAAAGCUAAGGAGGAAGAGGCCGAGUUUGAUGCGCCCACCAAGGACGUCUGGGGUAACGAGGAUCCGGCGCGUAAGGCGCGCUCGGCGGCGCGGCUGGAUGCGAAUGAUCCAUUGGCGAUGAUGAAGAGCGGGGCGCGCAAGGUGCGGGAGGUCGAGAAAGAGCGCAAGAGGGGGGCGGAGGAGAGGGAGAGGGAAUUGAAAGAUUUGAGACGGGAGGAAAAGAGGCGAGAGAAGCGACGGAGAAGGGAAGGGAGGAGUGAUGGUGUUGAUAUUGGCGAGCUCGACGGGUUCAACCUUGAUGCGCCGCCUAGGCCCGCGGUAGAAAAGGAAAGAGAGCGAGAUCGCAGCUCAGAGCGAAAACAUAGCAAGAACAAGGCACUUUUCCAUGAUCGUUGA